UUAUGUUUUGUCUUGCGUAUACCAAAAAUUUUAGACAUAUAUCUACCUUGAAAGGUUGUUCUAAAAUGAAAGGUGAAAGUUAAGAAAAAAUCAUGGGUGGAUGACUGGCCUACGAAAAUGCAGGUGGAUUCCUCUGCCACCUCCUGGUGCCCCAUUCCUUUAUAUUUUUAAACUAUUAAACCAAAAGUAGAAGAGAUUUGACACUUUGUUCAUUUUUGUCUUUCAGGAUUGAUAUGUACAUAGAAGGUGUGGCAGAUUUGAAUGAAAUGAUCCUGCUUUUACCCAUAACCCCACCUGCUGAAAAAGAUGCUAAGAUUACGCUCAUCAAAGACAGAACAACAAAUCGUUAUUUGCCUGCGUUUGAAAAAGUGUUAAAGAGCCACGGACAAGACUAUCUGGUUGGAAACAGGCUGAGCAGGGCUGACAUCCACCUGGUUGAACUUCUCUACCUUGUUGAAGAGCUUGACGCCAGCCUUCUGACCAACUUCCCUCUGCUGAAGGUGAUCUCUUUCACAGCCCUCAGGACGGAAGGCCCACACCUCCCAUCUUGGAAUCUAAUAUUUGGCCUCUAG